AUGGAUCCCUCUGCUUCCGGCAUUCAAGAACCUUUCGAUCUGAUUAGACUGUCUCUGAGUGAACGCGUAUUCGUCAAGCUACGAGGAGAUAGGGAAAUGACUGGAAUUCUUCAUGCCUAUGAUGGACAUAUGAAUCUUAUCCUCAGUGACGUCGAAGAGACCAUCAUGAUAGUGGAUACCGAUGCACCCAAUGGCCAGGGAGUUGUCAACAUCGCAAAACGGAAAAUGGAUAUGCUGUUUGUGAGAGGAGAUGGCGUCAUUCUCGUUUCUCCCCCUGCCAGGACAUGA